GCCAAAGGCAGAGGAUGCUGAUGAAGCAAUGAGCAAAUAUCUAUCAGAAAAAUUAAAGAUGAAAGACAAAUGGCUUGGUGUCUGGAAGACAAAUCCAGAAUUGUUCUUUAUCAAAUAUGAAGAAGCUUCCAUACCUUUUGUUGGAGUCCUUGUUGAGGUAACUUGUAAACCACGCCAAAGCUCAUCAUCUUGUUUCAAAGUUACUGUAUCUGUUGCUGAGCCCUUUUCAUCUAAUAUUGCAAAUAUUCCAAGAGAUUUGAUUGAUGAAACAUUAGAAGAACUAGAACACAGUGUUCCUCUUUUGGAAGUUUAUCCAGUUCAAGGGCAGGAUGACGAUAUACAUGAUAUUGCCCUGGCCUUGGAAGUUGUAAGGUUUUUCUAUGAUUUCCUUUGGAGAGACUGGGAUGAUGAAGAAAGUUGUGAGAACUAUACAGCCCUAAUUGAAGAAAGAAUUAAUCUGUGGUGUGAUAUACAGGAUGGUACAAUUCCUGGUCCUAUUGCACAGCGUUUUAAAAAAACUUUGGAGAAGUACAAAAACAAGCGCGUGGAACUAAUUGAAUACCAAAGCAAUAUCAAAGAAGAUCCAUCUGCGGCAGAAGCUGUUGAGUGUUGGAAAAAAUACUAUGAGAUUGUAAUGCUAUGUGGGUUGUUGAAGAUGUGGGAAGAUUUGCGACUCAGAGUUCAUGGACCUUUCUUCCCAAGAAUUUUGAGGCGUAGGAAAGGAAAAAGAGAAUUGGGGAAAACUAUAACUCAUAUUGUAGCAAAAGUGAUGACUACUGAAAUGGUUAAAGACUUAUCUUCAGACACACUUCUCCAACAACAUGAUGAUUUAGAUCUGGCUUUGGAUAGCUGUUACAGUGGUGACACAGUGGUCAUUUUUCCAGGAGACUAUCAAGCUACAAAUCUUGCCUUACUGACUGAUGACAUCAUUAUUAAAGGAGUUGGAAAGAGAGAAGAGAUUGUGAUCACUUCAGAACCUUCUCGUGACAGUUUUGUAGUGUCUAAAGCUGCAAAUGUGAAACUGAUGCAUCUUACUUUGGUACAACAAGGGACUGUUGAUGGUAUUGUGGUUGUGGAAUCUGGUCACAUGACCCUAGAGGACUGUGUGUUGAAGUGUGAAGGAACAGGAGUAUGUGUUCUUACAGGAGCGGCUUUGACUAUCACUGACAGUGAAAUUACUGGAGCUCAGGGUGCUGGUGUUGAACUGUAUCCCGGCAGCAUAGCCAUUUUGGAGAGAAAUGAAAUUCAUCACUGCAAUAAUCUUAGAACUAGUGACAAUUCAAAAAGCACCUUAGGUGGGGUGAAUAUGAAGGUUCUUCCUGCCCCUAAAUUGAAGAUGAAUAAUAAUCAUAUUUAUAGCAACAAUGGAUAUGGACUAAGUAUUCUACAGCCAACAGAACAGUUUUUUAUUAUAGCAGAAGGAACUCUUAACAAAGGAGCUGCUUCGGGAGAUAAAAAAGAUGAUGAUAUGCUUUCCAAAGUAAUGCAAAAUCUGAAUCUGGAAAUGAAUAAUAAUAAGAUAGAAGCAAACUUAAAGGGGGAUAUCAGAAUAGUCACAAGUUAAAACAUCAGGAUUCAUGUUGAGGAUGCAUAUUUGAGAUAUUUGUUUAAUAAAUAGUUGCUGAUUCCCAAGGAAAUGGUAGUUGUAAUUAAGUUUUGAGUUUGUUUAAUUAAACUAUGAAGAUUUUUU